UUCCCAUGCCCCACGACCUUUUUUUUUGGGCCAGCUAAUUCGCAUCCGCCAAUUUAAAACAGAAUCGUUUCAUUCUCUCUCUCCCCCCAUUUGUAUACCCUCAUACCAAAGCGUUCUCUUUUCUCUCUCUUCUUUCGGAAAGGAAAAGCUUGAGGCUUUCGACUUAGAUCUCACCCCCCAAAGAGACUUCUUUUGAGAUGCGUGCUCGUUUAGGGGUUUUCUGGGUCUUUCCUUUUAUACCCUAAAACGAGGCCUUUUCUACGCUUCAUCAUAUCUCUUUUACAGAUCCAGGGAUAAGUGGCGAGACAUGGCGAAUGGAAAAGAGAGACAAUGCGGGUCAGCACUAUUUAGCCUGGAGGAGAUCGGAGAGAUAAGUGGGGUCAAGGUUGGGGGAGAUUACGUAGAAGUUAUGUGCGGCUGUACAAGCCACCGGUACGGCGAUGCUGUUGGUAGACUUAGGGUUUUUUCUAACGGCGAUCUCGAAAUCACCUGCGAAUGCACUCCCGGUUGCGACGAAGAUAAGUUAACGCCUGGGGCGUUCGAGAAGCAUUCAGGGAGAGAGACGGCUAGAAAAUGGAAAAACAACGUGUGGGUGAUAGAGGGGGGACAGAAGGUUCCACUCUCGAAGACAGCGUUGCUCAAGUACUACUGUGAAGCAACAAAGAAGUCCAAAGAGUCAAACAGAUCACACAGAGAUGAGUUUGUGAGGUGCUGCAGAUGUGGAAAGGAGAGGAGAUUCCGGUUGAGGAGCAGAGAGGAGUGCCGCCUGCAUCACGACGCGUUGGCUGAUCCUAAUUGGAAAUGUUCCGACUAUCCGUAUGACAAGAUAAAAUGUGAGGAGGAGGAAGAGAGGGGGAGCAGGAAGGUGUACAGAGGGUGCACGAGGUCACCUACAUGCAAAGGAUGCACCUCCUGCGUUUGCUUUGGAUGCCAUUUCUGUCGCUUCUCCGACUGCUCCUGCCAGAUUUGCCUCGACUUCACCCGCAAUUCCCAAGCUUGAUCAUGGAAGGAAUGACCUUUCCGCGGCGCUUAUGCCCCCUUUGCUUUUUUUUUUUUAAUAUAAAAAUAAGUAACUUCGUAUGAUUCUUUCGGUGCUGUUUUUUUGUGCGUGUCAUUCUUCUGGCAGUAACUUGUGUCUGAACCAACAAAAAAGAAAAGGAAAAGAAAAUGGAACUUGCAAAGGCAACAGGGUGCUUUGUACAUUCACAUUUUAGCUGUGUGUUUGCAGCCAAAAUGGGCCUCUGACAAGACCAGAUGAUCCUUAUCCACGGCCACAAAAUAAUAGUUUCGACAUCACGCUCUCCGACUUGUCACGUACAUGUCGACAUAUUCAACGCCUUACAGACAAUGCAAGAGCAUAACCAGGAGCCAAACUGCCAGGAUACCAAGAUAUUGGCUCUUCAGGGACAACCCAUUUGUAUGAUGACGAUUUUACUUGAAUACAUACAAGCCUCCUUGGGGAGCAAGAUUAAUCCAUAUAAGCAUGUCUGUUGGGGGCUCACAACUCGAAAAAGCAAUGCAUAUUGUUUGUUCCAAACAACCAAAAGGUUGAUGAUGGAGCUAAGCAGAGAUGAAAGAAGACUUGUGGAGAGGAAAAGAAGAGCCAUCACCUAUACAUAUUAUACCGUGAGAUCAGAAAUGAAAACCUGAAUAGCAAUUACAACCUAACAGAAAUCGUUACUAUCCUGAUCUCGUCCUUGCCUUUGCCUCCGGUGAGGAGCUUGUAUCCACCGUAGAAGAGCAAGCCCCAACUGGUCAAA